GGGUGGUGGAGAUGGUCGUCUCCUCCAAUCCCAUGCCUCUUGUCACUAGGCUGAGAUCGUGAAGCGGCUCAGUGCCAUCUGCGCCCAGAUGGUCCCGUUCCUCACACAGGAGCACCAGCAGCAGGUUCUCCAGGCUGUGGACCGAGCCAAGCAGGUGACCGUGGGGGAACUGAACAGCCUCCUGGGGCAGCAGAAUCAGCUCCAGCCGCUGUCCCAUGCCGCCCCUGCACCUCUCACCCCACGCCCAGCUGGCUUGGUGGGCACUGGGGCUUCGGGGCUGCUGGCCCUGUCCGGGGCGCUGGCUGCGCAGGCUCAGCUGGCAGCUGCAGCCAAGGAAGAACGCAUGGGUGUGGACGCCGAGGGAUCCAGAGUGGACAGAGCUGCGAGCAGGAGUGCUUCCCCUUCGCCCCCUGAGAGUCUGGUGGAAGAGGAGAAUUCUAGCAGCCAAGGUGGCAAUGGAAAGCAGCAGAGAGCAGAAGAUAAGGAUCUGUCAGGGACUUAUGAAAGUGAUGAAGACAAGAGUGACUAUAACUUGGUGGUGGAUGAGGACCAACCCUCAGAGCCACCCAGCCCUGCAACCACCCCUUGUGGAAAGGCGCCCGUCUGCAUCCCUGCCCGCAGGGACCUCGCGGAUAGCCCAGCCUCCUUGGCCUCCAGUUUGGGCUCACCACUCCCCAGAAGCAAAGACCCAGCCCUGAAUGAUCUCUCCACAGGCACUCCUGCCUCUAGGUCAUGUGGUCCCUCUCCACCCCAGGAUGCGUCCACCCCGGGACCCAGCUCUGCCGGUCACCUCUGUCAGCUGGUGGCUCAACCAGCACCAUCCACAGACAGCAUCGCCCUGAGGAGUCCCCUGACCCUGUCCAGCCCCUUCACCUCGUCCUUCAGCCUGGGUUCCCACAGCACCCUCAACGGGGACCUCUCCAUGCCCAGCUCCUACGUCAGCCUCCACCUGUCCCCCCAGGUCAGCAGCUCUGUCGUGUACGGACGCUCACCCCUGAUGGCAUUUGAGUCACACCCGCAUCUCCGAGGCUCGUCCAUCUCCUUGCCUGGCAUCCCUGGGGCGAAGCCGGCCUACUCCUUCCACGUGUCUGCGGAUGGCCAGAUGCAGCCGGUGCCCUUUCCAUCGGAUGCUCUGGUGGGCACGGGCAUCCCUCGCCAUGCUCGGCAGCUACACACACUGGCCCACGGCGAGGUAGUGUGUGCAGUCACCAUCAGUGGCUCCACACAGCACGUGUACACGGGCGGCAAAGGUUGCGUGAAGGUGUGGGACGUGGGCCAGCCGGGCAGCAAGACACCCGUGGCUCAGCUGGAUUGCCUGAACCGCGACAACUACAUCCGCUCCUGCAAGCUGCUGCCAGACGGGCAGAGCUUGAUAGUGGGAGGCGAAGCCAGCACCCUGUCCAUCUGGGACCUGGCAGCACCCACACCACGAAUUAAGGCAGAGCUGACCUCUUCCGCCCCGGCCUGCUAUGCGCUGGCUGUCAGCCCCGACGCCAAAGUCUGCUUCUCCUGCUGCAGCGAUGGCAACAUCGUGGUCUGGGACCUGCAGAACCAGGCUAUGGUCAGGCAAUUUCAGGGCCACACGGACGGGGCCAGCUGCAUAGACAUAUCGGACUAUGGAACCCGGCUGUGGACUGGGGGCCUGGAUAAUACAGUACGCUGCUGGGACCUGCGGGAGGGCCGCCAGCUUCAGCAGCACGACUUCAGCUCCCAGAUUUUCUCGCUGGGCCACUGUCCCAACCAGGACUGGCUGGCUGUGGGGAUGGAGAGCAGCCAUGUGGAGGUCCUGCACGUGCGCAAACCUGAGAAGUACCAGCUACGCCUGCAUGAGAGCUGCGUGCUGUCGCUCAAGUUCGCUUCCUGCGGACGCUGGUUUGUUAGCACAGGCAAGGACAACUUGCUCAAUGCCUGGAGGACACCCUAUGGGGCCAGCAUUUUCCAGGAUCUUGACCUCACUGACAAGGCAGGCAGGUCAUCUGGCCCCAGGAUCCUCCUGUCUCCACACCUACAGCUGGGAUCACAGGCAUGCCAUUGCACUUUUUUCUUUUAAAAAACAUGCGAUCUAGGGACUUGAACUCAGGUCCUUAGACUUGCCUGGCAAGCACUUUACCCACUAAAUGAUCUUCCCAGCAGGAUCUGGGGCCCCUCUAUAGCCCUGGCUGUACUGGAACUCGCUCUGUAGACUGGGCUGUCCUUGAACUCAGAGAUCCUCCAGUCUCUCAAGAGGCAAAGGCAGGCAGAUCUCUGAGUUCAAGGCCAACCUGGUCUACAGAGCGAGUUCCAGGAUAGGGUCCAAAGCUACAAAGAAACCCUGUCUCGAAAAACAAAAGAAUGCCUCUUCUGAGGACAGAACAGACCACUCUGCCUUCUCAAUUGCUUUACUACAUGUGAUGAGGGGUCGGGUACACCCUUAGGACUCUCACCCGCCACUGUGAAGCUGGGAGAGAGGAGUCAGGAGUCGAAGCCGUCAGUACUUGAUCUGGUACACGGAGGCACAGUACCCAGAACCCGUGACAAUCAGCUUGCUAUUGGCUGUCACGUCACAACAUGUGACAGCGGCAGUCUCAGGGACCUGUGUGACAGUAGGCCGAAUGAGCCCAUGGGCCCCAGUUGAGCCCAGCCCCUCUCCCCGACCCUGCACGGGGGUACCUGGAAGAGUUUCUUUCCUGAGGGCAUGCUGUGGAUGGUGACCAGGUCGUCCAUCCCCACGCUCACCCACCACUGGCCUGGGAGGAGGUGGAGAGACAGCUAGGUUACACAAGACCCCACCCACUCACCCUCUCAUCUGGCAGCCAAGUGCCUGUUACCCAGCA